UCCUCUUUAAGGUGGAGCUCGGCGUGGAUCUCGCGAGAUGCGUGUUGGCGCCGUGACCUCCAUGUGGAAGCUAGAGCUCUAUAAGUAAACAACGCGCGGCACGGACAAGGCUGCUUAUUUGUGAGGCGGGGGUUGCGGCAUCGGUGGCGCUUCCGACUGGUUCCGGUUUCCUUCCUACUCAGCUCCGCUGGGUAGGCGCGCGAUCUAGGAGUCGCCGCCGCCUGUCGGGCCCGGUGUCUGGGCGGUCUUCCUCGUUUGUGUGUGAUCUCGCCCACCGGUAGCGGAUAGCCGGGGCCGCCGGAGAGGCGGCGCGGGCCGGGCGGGGCGCGGCGCCGCAAACGCUGGGGGAGACAAAGCGGGGCCGGCCCCCCUCUCCCGGCGCCAAGAUGUGGAUCCAGGUUCGCACUAUAGACGGCGCCCAGACGCGCACCAUUGAGGACGUGUCUCGCAAAGCCACAAUUGAGGAGCUGCGCGAGCGGGUGUGGGCACUAUUCGACGUGCGACCCGAGUGCCAGCGCCUCUUCUACCGGGGCAAGCAGUUGGAAAAUGGAUAUACUUUAUUUGACUAUGAUGUUGGACUGAAUGACAUAAUUCAGCUACUAAUUCGCUCAGACCCUGAUCUUCCUAGCACAUCUAAACAGACUGAUACACAGGCCAAACCCUGUUCUAAAAGUCCACCUAAAGUAAAGAAAAUCCCAAGGGUGGGAAUUUCCAGUCAGCCAUCUACAUCAGCUCGUGAUUUUCUUAUUGAUCCUGGCAUUGGACUAUAUAAGGUAAAUGAACUGGUGGAUGCCAGAGAUGUCGGCCUUGGUGCUUGGUUUGAAGCACGUAUACAUAGUGUUACUAGAGCUUCUGAUGGACAGUCACGUGGCAAAACUCCACUGAAGAAUGGCAGUUCUAGUAAAAGGACUAAUGGAAAUAUAAAUCAUAAUUCCAAAGAGAACACAAAUAAAUUGGACAGUGUACCCUCUACAUCUAAUUCAGACUCUGUUGCUGCUGAUGAAGACAUUAUUUAUCAUAUCGAGUAUGAUGAGUAUCCAGAAAGUGGUACUGUAGAAAUAAAUGUAAAGGAUCUUCGACCACGAGCUAGAACUACUUUGAAAUGGAAUGAACUAAAUGUUGGUGAUGUGGUAAUGGUUAAUUACAAUGUGGAAAGUCCUAGUAAUAGAGGAUUUUGGUUUGAUGCAGAAAUUACUACUUUGAAGACAAUCUCAAGGACCAAAAAAGAACUUCAUGUGAAUAUUUUCUUGGGGGGUUCUGAAGGAAAAUUAAAUGACUGCCAGAUAACAUUUGUAAAUGAAAUCUUCAAGAUUGAAAGACCUGGAGCCCAUCCUCUUUCAUUGGCAGAUGGAAAGUUUUUAAGGAAAAAUGACCCUGAAUGUGACUUUUGUGGUGGAGACCCAGAUAAGAAAUGCCAUUCCUGCUCCUGUCGUGUAUGUGGUGGAAAACAGGAACCCAACAUGCAGCUUCUAUGUGAUGAAUGUAACAUGGCCUAUCAUAUAUACUGCCUGAAUCCACCUUUGGAGAAGGUCCCUGAAGAAGAAUACUGGUAUUGUCCUUCCUGUAAAACUGAUUCCAGUGAGGUUGUAAAGGCUGGUGAAAGACUCAAGAUGAGUAAAAAGAAAUCAAAGAUGCCAUCAGCUAGUACUGAAAGCCGGAGAGACUGGGGCAGGGGAAUGGCUUGUGUUGGUCGCACUAGAGAAUGUACUAUUGUUCCUUCUAAUCAUUAUGGACCUAUUCCUGGGAUUCCUGUUGGAUCAACUUGGAGAUUUAGGGUUCAGGUGAGCGAAGCGGGUGUCCAUAGACCCCAUGUGGGUGGAAUUCAUGGUCGAAGUAAUGAUGGGGCUUAUUCUCUUGUCCUGGCUGGUGGAUUUGCGGAUGAAGUAGACCGAGGUGAUGAAUUCACAUACACUGGGAGUGGUGGUAAAAAUCUUGCUGGCAAUAAAAGAAUUGGUGCACCAUCGGCUGAUCAAACAUUAACAAACAUGAACAGGGCAUUGGCCCUAAACUGUGAUGCUCCAUUGGAUGAUAAAAUUGGAGCAGAGUCUCGGAAUUGGAGAGCUGGUAAGCCUGUCAGAGUGAUACGCAGUUUUAAAGGGAGGAAGAUCAGCAAAUAUGCUCCUGAAGAAGGCAACAGAUAUGAUGGCAUUUAUAAGGUGGUGAAAUACUGGCCAGAGAUUUCAUCAAGCCAUGGAUUCUUGGUCUGGCGCUAUCUUUUAAGAAGAGAUGAUGUUGAACCUGCUCCUUGGACCUCAGAAGGAAUAGAACGGUCAAGGAGACUAUGUCUACGUUUACAGUAUCCAGUAGGUUACCCUUCAGAUAAGGAAGGGAAGAAGACUAAAGGACAGUCAAAGAAGCAGGCCAAUGGAGCCUCAAAAAGACCAGCUACAGAUGAUGAUUGUCCAAGUGCUUCCAAAGUAUUCAAAGCAACAGAUUCAUCAGGAGCAGUUGAGGCUUUCCAACUAACCCCUCAACAACAACAUCUAAUUAGAGAAGAUCAUCAAAACCAGAAGCUGUGGGAUGAAGUACUUGCAUCUCUUGUGGAAGGACCAAAUUUUCUGAAAAAAUUGGAACAAUCUUUUAUGUGUGUCUGCUGCCAGGAGCUAGUUUUCCAGCCUGUGACAACAGAUUGUCUUCACAAUGUCUGUAAAAUAUUGAACCCUCCUUGCAUCUCUGGACUAAAUCCCACUUGGUCAUGUCACCCUUUGUCUUUUGGUUGGAGCAAUUGACCAUUUACAUUCAAGGUAAUUAUUGAUAGGUAUGUACUUAUUGCCAUUUUGUUAAAUAUUUUCUGGUGGUUUUUCUCAUUUUUUUCUCUGGUCCUUUUUUGUUCUCUUGCUCUCUCCCAUUGUGCAUGAUGACCUUUUUAAUGGUGUGGUUGUAUUCUUUCUCUUUAUUUUUUGUGUAUUCAUUAGAGGUUUUUAGUUUCUGGUUACCACACAGUUUAUAUAUGAUGUCUUACAUAUGUAGCAGUCUGGUUGCUGAAGCCCAAAGUUUAAUGCCUCAAAACUUUGAGGCAUUCUAAUGGCAAUACAUUUUUAACUCACUCUCCUCCGUGUUUUUUGUAUGAUGUCUUCCUUAGCAUCUUUUAUUUAUUUCCUUUACUAAUUUUUAGAAAUGGUUGAUUUUUACUUUUGUCUUUUAAGUCUUUUAACUUAAAAGCGAUUGGUCUACUAUCUUUGCUAUCUGUUUGCUGUACCAGUGAAAUUUUUAAUUUUAUAAUCUAGUUAUAGCCUUUUAUUUUCUCUUAAUGAAGUCCCCUGAACAUUUCUUAUAAAGUUGUUUUAGUGGUAGUGAACUCCUUGAAUCUGUGUUUAUCUGAGAAGCCCUUUUUAUUUCCCCUUCAAUUCUGAAGGAUAACCUUGAUGGGUGGGAGUAUACUUUUUCUGGCCUGUAGAGCUUCUGCUGAAAAAGAAGUUUCUCUUGUAAGUAACACAUUGCAUUUCCCUAGCUGUUUUUAAUAUUCUUUGUCUUUGAUCUUUGGCAUUUUAAUUAUUGUGUGUCUUGGUAUGGACUUUCUUGGGUUCAUCUUUUUUGGGACUCUCUGAGUUUAUUGAAUCUGAAUGUCUGUUUCCUUCCCUAGGUUAGGGAAGUUUUCAGCUAUUAUUUCUUUAAGUAAGUUUUUCACCCCUUUCUCCCUCUCUUCUUCUAGGACUCGUGUAAUGUUGUAAUGUGAAUAUUAAGGCAUUUGAUGUUGUCUCAAAGAACUUAUCCUCAUUUCUUUUUAUUCUUUUUUCUUUGUGCUAUUCAAUUUGAGUGCUUUCCAUUAUUCUCUCUUCCAAGUUGCUCUGCAUCUACUAGUGUAUUUUCCACUUCAUUUCUUGUGUUCAUCUCUGAUUGGUUCUUUAGAUUUUCUGUCUUUGUUGACAUCCUCCCUGAGCUCAUCCAUUCUUCUCUCAAGUCCAGUGAGCAUUUUCAUAACCAUUGUUUUGAACUCUUUAUUAAGUAGAUUAACUCCAUUUCAUUUAGUUAUGUGUAUUUGUGUGUGGUUUUGUCUUGUUCUGUCAUUUGGAGCAUAUUCCUCUGUCUCCUCAUUUUGUUUGACUUCUUGUGCUUUAUUCUAUGAAUUAGUUGAAAGGGCUUCCUCUCCUAGUCUUGAUGUAUUAUUGGCCUUGUGUAGGAAGGAACCUUGGCAGACUGCAUGUGCCUGGUGGUUUUGGCUGCCUGGAGGCUGAAUGAGAGCGAGACAAGCAUGACCCAGGGCUGGGGCUCUCCUGUGUGGUUGCCUGUCAGGAUUGUUGAUGUCAAAGGGGCAUAGUCCAGAUGGGCAACAAGUUGUGUCCUCUUUGGCAGGGUGACUACAGGCAGAGGAACACUAUCCCUCUCCAAGGUUGGUGCCACCUGGGGUCGUGAUAAUGGGGUGGCUAGGGGUAGAUGGAUGCAAUCCAGCAAUCUCCUGAGUUGACACCUGUCUGGGCCAUCCAAAUGGGGCAGCUGGGGAUGGAAGGCUGCCUCUGUCACAUCUGGAGCUGGUAUAUUCAUCCUGACCAUGCUCCUGUCCACACUGUGAAGUGUGGGGAAUGUAAAAAGUGGUGCUCAACAGCAACUCUAAUCUUGGAGAGAGUUCUGGCAGUUCCCCUGCCAUUUGACAGCCAGGUUUAAACCCUCCAACUGGCAGCUUUUUUUCUGCUCCUGGACAGCUGAGUCUGCAUUCUGGUAGCUCGAAGAUAUCAUUCCCUGCUGUAAGGCUGUGGUUCGUGUGGGGCUACCUCUGUUACUAUGUCUCCAUCUCAGCCUGACAUUUUUUUAUCUUGUGCAGAAGGUAUUCACUCGGGCCUCCAUUCUUCCUUGGGAUAAACUGCUCUGUAUAUAGACAUAGAUUCAGUGUGCAUGUGGGAGGAGGUGGGCCUAGGCAUUUUUCUACACCACCAUCUUGGAACAGCCUCUUCCCCAGCAUUCUGUUUUAACAAGCCUUCUAGUGAUCUAUUAGACACUCUGAGGUUUGAAAGCCCUGUCCUAGGAAACAUCCCUGACCCUGGUUGAUUAUCUGUCAUGGAACCCUGCAGGCCUCUAAAAGUACCAAUACCUCAGCUUCUAAACCACUGUCUCAGGUGACUUUUUGCACCGAAAAGUGGCGCCUACAUCUGGACUGAAGGCACCGGUUUUGUCACUGGAAAACACGGCCCCUAUCAGUAGCUAGUUUUCAUGGGGUAUUUAGAUUGGGCCAGGCCCCUUGCCUUUUAGCACACAUAGCUGUAAGGUGAGGACUGCUCCAGAAGUGGCCCAUCACAGCGUUGUUUAAAAGCAGGAGGGAUGCCUGAUUCAUAGGAUGUGUGUAUACCUCACACCCCUCAUCUUUAAAACUGUUCAAAAAGCAUAUUCUACAGAAUUUUGUAAGUACUUAAUUUCACUGAAUUGAAUAACUUUAAAUGGUUAAAAUGGUCAAUUUUAUGUGUAUGUAUAUUCCACAAUAAAAAGAUGGGGUGUGGUGGGCAUCUUACAAAAAACCCGUCCAGAGGCCCUGUUUUCAAGGUCUGGCACUUUGUUGUAAGUGUUACAGAACUUUUCACAGCAGGCAUUAUAAAUACUGGUUUCUGUGACAGAAUCUUUGAGAUCAAGGAUCAUUCCUUUAUUGAUUCAACUCAUACAUUCUGUGAAAAACCCUGUGUCAGCACUGGAAACCCAAUGUUGAGUGCAAUAUGGCCUCUACUCUCAGGGAACUUAGUCUAGUGAAGCAGACAAAAACCACACAUUUCAAAAGAAGCCACCUUGGAUGGAAUCGGCCUUUUUUGUCUUUUUCUUUUCUCCUUCUUCCUUUCUAGAAUGGGAAUGUGAUGCCUGGAUAUACAGCAGCUAUCUUAGGACCUAAGGAUGAAGACUGAAGGAACACUAGCCUUUGGCUUCUUACCUCUGGACUUUUGUUAAAGGAGAGGUUAAAAAGGGCCAAAGUGGCUUUCACUUCUAAUGGAGACAUACAAACUGUCCGUAAUCAGUCAAAGGCAAAACUGAUAAUGUAACAACAGCUAUUGGCUUAGGCAUUUCAUUACCCUUGAAAUUCCUGUGAACUUAAGGAACAAAGGAGUCAGAUUGAAAAAUUGACCUUCUUCAAAUUGAAAUGUUUUUAUUAGGAUACUAAUAAUUGCACAUAAAAAUGACCAAACAUGGAAAAAGAAGAAAACACUCAAAUGCUAUUACAGAUUAUGCAAAUUAGUUAGAGGAAAAAGAUUUCUUCAGUGUAUACAAAAAUGUAAACAUUUGCCCUGGGAUUUCCCACAGAUGGGACAGUCCACAAGGACUUAUUUGGAACGAAAAUAUGUCUAUUGACUCACCAGCAUAGUCUGUAUAACAUCUGCAAACUUGCUAUAUUGAAAGUUAAAGUUCCUACACACCCAACAUUUUCUAUGCAAAAAAAUAAAUGGCUCCCAACCAAGGCAACUUGAACAUCAACUGCUACGUGUGGAAGCAGAGUCACCAAAGCAAAUCAGUGUUUCAAAGAUGAGUUUCCACUCACUAUGCUAAAUUGUAAUAACAUUUACCUUGACAGACUUUAAAAAUAUACACAGUAUAUAAAACCUUUACUUGAACCUGGGGUGGAAGAUGAAAUAUUUCCUGUUUAUCAAAUGCUCCAGAAAGAGGCUUCAUAUCAGUCACUGAACUUAAGGAAUGGAGAGAGACUAAGAAGAAGCUCUCUUCUGUUCAGAAAAUGGGGACUCAUAAGCCUCCAUAGGUGGGCAUGUACAAACCAGGUGCUGAUCUCCAUAGAUGUCAUCAAUCCGGGCAAUGGUUGGCCAGAAUUUGUUCUCUGGUUUCACAAAGGGCUAAAAGGCACAAAAGAUGGACAUAUUCUGAGAGGUUUCCCCUGAGAAGAGAUUGCAGUGAUAUCCUCAAAGCCUAAGAUACUCCUAACCAACAAGCUCUCAAAUAUAAACUAAAAGCUAACCUUUCAUUACUAUCCCCCAAAACCCAAUUUUUAACCCUUCUUUCCACCCCACCAACCAGUCUGCAGAGCAUCACCACCUUCAUAUAAGAAUCACAAAGGACAAUAUAAGUUGGUCAUGGGGAUGGUAGUAUAGCAUGGAGCAUGGAGAAUAUAAACAGUGUAUCUGUAACAUGUUGAUAGACAGUAACCACACUAGAGGGGGUGAGGAUUUAUUAAUAUGGGUAACUGUUGACCCCUAUGUUAUAUAUUUGAAACCAACAUAAAAUUGUAUAUCAAUGAUACUUUAAUUUUAAAAUAUCACAAAGGGAAGAAACACUGUAUUUGGGGCCAUUUCCCUGUUGGAUGACGGUAGAGAACACAUUGGUCCACUUGAGGUCUUCCAACACUGUAAGCCCUUUGAAUUCGUGGGCAUGUGGUUGAUACUGUGUGACCUCACAGCUCUAAGGUCAAUUCCUGUACUACAUCCCUUGUCAUGAUGUACAUUUUACAAGGUGUCCCAUAUAUCGUUACUAUAAUGAGGAACCUGCAAGAGUGGGAGCCCCUCCACAUGGGUGAUGGCUCCUCAUACGCACACGACCACUCUGCCAGCUGGCACAUUCAGCUGCAGAGGGGAACUUACAAGUGGGAAUGCUGCCACCUCUCUGGAAUACGGCCGAUCCCAGUGGGAGGAUGUGAC